AUGGGUCUUUCUGGUUCAAUCCCCGAUAACACAAUCGGCAAACUCACAAAGCUUCAAUCUUUGGAUCUAAGCAGUAAUCAGAUCACUAAUUUGCCUAAUGAUUUUUGGAGUUUGGGUUCACUGAAAACUCUUAAUCUUUCGAACAACACAAUCUCCAUGAAUCUUCCGAGUAACAUCGGAAACUUCGGUUCACUUGAAAAAUUAGACCUUUCGUUCAAUAAUUUCUUCGGUAGUCUCCCUGAAUCGAUUAGUUCGUUAAUCAGUUUACAAGUUCUUAAUCUCAAUCGAAAUGGGUUCGAUUCCACUGUUCCAUUGGGAAUCUUAGCAUGUCGUUCAUUGAUUUCUCUUGACUUUUCUUCCAACAGUUUCAAUGGAAGUCUUCCCGAUGGUUUUAGUUCGUCAUUUCCCAAACUCAAAAGCUUGAAUCUUGCUGGAAAUGAAAUGAAGGGAAAAGAUUCAGAUUUUUCGAAAUUAGAAUCUUUAAAAUACCUUAACAUUUCCAAGAAUCUUUUUCAGGGUUCUGUUGUUGAAAUCUUUCAGGAGUCAUUGGAAGUGGUCGAUUUGAGUAGUAAUCACUUCGAAGGUCUUAUUUCUCAGGUAAACUUUAGUUCAUUAGUUUAUCUUGAUGUCUCCGAUAAUGAAGUUAGUGGGGAAUUUUUCAGUAAUUUAAGUGAAACCCAUAAUCUCAAACACCUUAAUCUCGCCAACAACAGAUUUUCGAAGCAAAAUUUUCUCAAAAUCGAUCAAAUUCCUAGUUUAGAAUACUUAAACUUGUCCCACACGAAUCUAAUCGGCGGAAUUGGUGACCAAAUCUCGAUGUUAACUCAUCUGAAAACACUCGAUCUCUCGAGUAAUCAUCUCACUGGUAAAAUCCCACUUUUGACCUCAAAAACCCUCCAAAAUCUCGAUCUUUCUUUCAAUAAUCUAACCGGUGAAAUACCCAUUUCGCUCUUGAGAAAGCUUCCAUGGAUGGAAAGAUUCAACUUUUCUUACAAUAAUCUAACCCUUUGUGACGCACAAUUUUCCCUCGAAACCCUUCACUCUGCUUUCAUCGGUUCAUCAAAUAGUUGCCCAAUUGCUGCAAACCCUAAUCUUUUAAAGACCAAAACUCAUACCCAUAAAGGACUCGAGCUUGCUUUAGCUUUAACCAUUUCAUUGAUCGUUUUACUCGGGGCAUUGCUAUUUUGUGCAUUCGGUUGUCGGAAAAAAACCCAAAUGUGGGCCGUAAAGCAAGAUUCAUAUAAAGAAGAACAAGUGAUUUCGGGUCCAUUUUCAUUCCAAACGGAUUCAACCACAUGGGUAGCAGAUGUAAAAGUUGCAAAUUUAGUCCCUGUAGUUAUCUUUGAAAAGCCAUUACUAAAUUUCACCUUUUCCGAUCUUCUAUCCGCCACUUCGAAUUUUGAUAGGGGUACCCUUUUGGCCGAAGGGCGUUUUGGUCCGGUUUAUCGCGGGUUUUUACCCGGUGGGAUCCAUGUAGCCGUAAAAGUUCUAGUUCUUGGAUCCACCAUGACCGAUCAAGAAGCAGCUAGAGAGCUCGAGUAUCUUGGCAGAAUAAAACACCCGAAUCUUGUUCCUUUAACCGGAUAUUGUCUCGCGGGUGAAAAAAGAAUCGCGAUUUACGAUUACAUGGAGAAUGGCAACUUGCAUAAUUUGCUCCACGAUCUUCCGCUUGGAAUUCAAACCACGGAUGAUUGGCGUUUUGAUACAUGGCAAGCAGAAGCAGAUGAAAAUAACAGUAUCAGUAACAGUAUUACUAACGGUAACAGUAUUGGGAUUCAACACACGGGGUCAGGAGAUUUGUUGGCCACGUGGCAAUUUAGGCAUAAAAUCGCGUUAGGCACUGCUCGCGCACUUGCGUUUCUCCACCAUGGAUGUUCGCCACCGAUCAUCCAUAGGGACGUCAAGGCGAGCAGUGUUUAUCUUGAUUUGAAUCUUGAACCAAGAUUAUCGGAUUUUGGACUCGCGAAAAUCUUUGGGAAUGAUCUUCAAGAUGAAAUGGCGCGUGGGUCCUUUGGGUAUGUCCCACCCGAGUUUUUGAAUCAAGAUGGAAGCUCGAAUAGUUCGUCACCAUAUGUGAUUACUCCAAAAUCCGAUGUUUAUGGUUUUGGAGUGAUUCUUCUUGAGUUAAUAUCAGGGAAAAACCCGGUUGAAGAUGAAUACCCAGAUGAAAAUAACUCAAAAGAUUCGAAUUUGGUGAGUUGGGUGAGAGGUUUAGUGAGGAAGAAUUGUGGGUUUUUGGCGAUAGAUCCAAAGAUUCAUAACACAGGAAUCGAGGCUCAAAUGGUGGAGGCAUUGAAGAUUGGGUAUUUAUGUACGGCUGAUCUUCCGGCCAAGCGGCCGAGUAUGCAACAGGUGGUUGGACUUUUAAAGGAUCUUGAACCAGUAAUGAAUUAG